CGUGUAGUUGUGACGCCGCAUUCUCGCGAGAUGAGAAUUGGGGAUUAGCUGUUCUGAGGUAGUCAAGGAGCAGGACGUAAACAGUGUUGCGGGACAUUUAAGCUGCGACCCGAGGCUGCGGGCUGCGUUGAGAAAAAGCGGGACUAUUGGGCGGAAUGCAAUACCUUGACGUGCAGAUGUGGUAAAUGAGAACAUUUCUACAGUGAUAAUGUCUGAAUAAAAAAGCCUCAUUGAACAGAAAAUGUUGGAUCUUGGGCAAAAAUGCCGGCCAUAGAGAGUGAGGCUAAAUUAAGGACAAAGGCAAGGUUUGAAGAAGUUUUCCAGAGCUAUGCUGGAUUGCCAGGUACCAAAAACAAGUCUCGCAAGAAGACAACCCCUGAAGAACACAUAGUGCUUGAGUCAUUUAAAGGUCAGCUUGAUCUAUUGAAGAAUAGUGCAAAUGAAACAAUUAUAAACACAUACAAUGCAGAGGAAGAAAGUCCAAGGUUUACAAAAAACAGACUAAGAGAAAGAACACCAGUAGCUGAAAAGCAAAGCAAUGUUAAUAAGGAGCAGACCGUGGUUAAGCUGGAGAAGAAGAAAAAUAAGAAAACAAAGUUGUCAGAAGCCGUAACUAUUAGAGAAACAUUUGAUGAAAGUUUAGACCUUGCACAACAAGUUUCAAACUCUGAAGAACAAAAAUGUAAAACUCGCAAAAAAAAAGAAAAAGAUGUCUGGAAAGAAGAACGUGGUCCCUCGGAUUUUAAUGAUGAGGACCACCUAAUUGAAGAAAACCUUGUCCAUGUUUCACAAAAAGAAACUGAAGAACUUCGAGAAAAGAUAAAAAACAAGCUUAAGACUCGACUUUAUCAACAGCCUGUCAUAAAUGAUACUCAAACUGUGCCAAUGAAUAAUGAAAUUGGGAUUAAAAAAAAGAAGAAAAAGGAAAUGGUGGUUACAUCUGAACCAGAAACAAGUGUCACGUUUAUUUCCGAACUUCAACAUGGCCCGCCACAAAUAACCAGCUUGCAGCCACAACUGCAUUUUUCUGAACAUUUUGUCAAUGAAAGUUUGCCAACAACUAAAGUGAAAAAGAUUAAGAAAAAGGCAAAAGCAAUAAAAGAAGAUGGCCCAGAAAAUGGUAUUGAAGAUGACAACAAAGAAAAACACCCAAAGCAUUUGUAUGAUCCCAGCUUGGUAUUGGGUGUUUAUAUCCAUCGUUCUGAUAAACUACUAACUCGCAUCAUGGUUUCCCGUCCCAUUGUCAAGAUUCAUGUGAUUGAUCAAAGGACUGGGGCAUAUGUUAAGAAAGAGAGCAGCAUUAAUGCAGUUUCAUCUUUAAAAGAAUCAGAAAGUAAUGCAUACAUUCUUCCUGUGGAGACACAAGCAUAUGACUUCAAGAGGCAUAAAUCACCCAUUCCUGAAUGGGAUGAGCAAAUUAUAAUUAAUGAACGUUUUUUAUAUUUUUUGCAAGAAAAUGAAGACAGUCCUAAUGUUAUCCUGUUCUUUGAGAUAAUAGACAUAUGUAAUUCAGAUGGGACCAAUCCUAAUUCGGAAUCACAAAUUAAGGAAAAAGGUUUUCGGAGGCUUGCUUGGGCAUUUUUGAAGCUUGUCGGUGCUAAUGAAGUAUUCAAUGUGGAUACAAAACUGCGCCUUCAACUUUAUUACCCACCAUCACGUGCUCGUCUUUCUUCUAAUUGUCACAUCUAUGAAUGGUGGCUAAAAUAUCCCAGGAACCCUUAUCCAUCUACCUUAUAUGUCACUGUAAAAGGCCUAAAGCUAAAGGAAAAUGCAGAUCCUACAUCUGAUACUUUUGGGGCCCUUCAACAAGAUUUAGGGAGCAGUAUCUUGGAUAAUGAUCUCCAGAAUGAAGCUGAUGGGUUUGGAGAAGGGAAACCGAAGAAGGAGCUAUAUAAGUGGUCACGACUGCCUGGGCAGGCUUGCCGAAUUCCAAACAAACGUAUAUUAUCCCUGCGUGCUGGGCAUAUGGGUUGCUUUUCUAUUUGUUUCUCAAAUGAUGGGAAAACUUUAGCAGCAGCUUGUGCUGACAGAGAUGGUUAUCCAAUAUACCUAUAUGAAAUCCCUUCGGGAGAGUGUCUCGGGGAGCUGCAUGGUCACCUAAAUGUUGUUUAUGAUCUUUGCUGGUCAAGAAAUGAUCAGCACUUACUCACAGCUUCUUCUGAUGCCACAGUCAGACUGUGGAAAAUUGAGAAUGAAGCUUCGUCUGCCUUAAAAGUAUUGCCCCACCCUUCUUUUGUAUACACAGCUAAGUUCCACCCAAAGGCUAAUUCUUUUGUUGUUACGGGUUGCUAUGAUGCUGUCAUAAGAGUUUGGAAUGUAAACGUGAAAGAAAGCAAUGGACAACUUUUACAGGAAUUUGAUGGCCAUAAUAGUUUUAUCAAUACGCUGUGUUUUGACAUAGAAGGACUUCAGAUGUACUCUGGGGACAGUUCUGGUUUGAUUAUCAUUUGGGAUACUCACAUCAGUGAGAAGUCUCGGCUAAAUCCUGUGCAGAACUGGAGCAUUUUUAAGAUAAUAAAAGAAGAUUACAUGAAAGGAAUCCCAGUAAAUCAUCUGCAACUUCAUCCUAAUGGAAGACGCUUACUAAUUCAUUCAAAAGACAGUACAUUGAGGAUUAUGGACCUCCGAAUCUUGGCUGCCAAAAAAUAUAUUGGGGCUACAAACUACAGGGAGAAACUUAGAAGUGCCUUUACCCCUUGUGGAACAUUUGUUUUUGCUGGAAGUGAAGAUAGAAUAGCUUAUGUCUGGAAUGCUGAAACAGGGGAUCAGGUUGCUAAAUAUUCUGAGCUGUCAUAUACAGCUCCCCUUCGAGAUGUUGCCUUUCACCCUCAUGAACAUAUGGUGGCAUUUUGUGCCUUUGGACAGAACCAGCCAGUACUUGUAUAUAUUUAUGAUUACAAAGUUGCCCAACUUGAAGCUGAAGCAGUACAGAUAUCCAGCAAUAUGAUACUUGAAAACUCUGAAAUACUUGGUCUGCAAGAAUCCCCAAUAUUAUCUGCUGAUCGUUUUGCCAGUGCUGCAAGAAUCUCCAUGAGAAUGCUUCAAGUUAAGCAAAAGCUGGAUUCAGUCUUGCAACCACACUCAAAUAUAAUGGUUUCUGGAGUACAAAGUACUCAGCUGAUGACUCAGAAAAGUGCCAGUUCUUUUGGGGGCUUUAGUCCAGUGGGACAGGCACUCAGCCGAACACCAUCAAUCAAGCUGCAAAUGAGUAACACCGAGGCAAGGAUUUCUUCUCUUAAAAUCGAAGCUGAUAAUGCCCUGCCAUUUCAAGAGACAGUCGUGGCUUUGUAUGACUACACAGCACAUCGAUCUGAUGAGCUAACCAUCCAUCGUAGUGACAUUAUCCAUGUGUUGUACAAAGAUAAUGACAAUUGGUGGUUUGGCAGUCUAGCAAAUGGACAACAAGGUUAUUUUCCAGCAAAUUAUGUGGCUUCUGAGAAUGAGCAUAAUGAUAGUUUCUCACCUGCAGUGGCACAUGAUUUGGAUGAUCGUAAUAUGGAACAAUAUGACAUUGAUCAAUCUUACAGUUCUAACAUGAUGUCAGCAGUCUCCAGCACGUCAAAGGAUCUGAAAUUUAUGCCACAGACUGACACAGAUGCAGACUCACCUGUGACACAUGGAUCAAGGCAUGACAAGCAGCUGUAUCCAGAGCCAUCAAACCGUUCAACCAAAAUGACUUCUCUUCAUGCAGAGCCGUCUGACAUCGCAAACACUGCUUUGCCUGAAUGGGGGCAAAUAAGUGAAAAGGUGGCUGUGAAACCCAAAAAGAAAAAAAUAUUAAAAAACAGCAGCACUGCUGGGCAAACAAAUAAUGCAUUUGAGCCAGACUCACAAGAUAAUGUUGGAUAUCCUUUAUAUAAGGGCUUGGGGAAAACAAAGAACCAUCUUCCAGUUUAGAAAAGAGAAUGGCUCUUAAAAAGGGCAACAUUUUUGUAUUAGUGUUUUAAAAGGUUGUUUAUUGUGAAAAAUGUAUGUGUUUUUGGAACCAGCAGGAAUAUGUACUAUAGGGAGUGCCCGUCUUAAUUUCUAUCCUUGUAAAAAAAUUUCUAUCCUGUAAAAAAGAAAAUAUCAAAAAGAAAUACAAGCCUUGCAUUGGUCACUUCAUAUCCAAAGAGAUUAACCCUGCAUAUGACAGGCCUUAGCCAUAACCUCAGAGAAAGCUAUGUAUUUGCUUAUUAAACCAGCAGUGCCUACAUAUCAACUAGGGAUGCACUGAAUCCACUAUUUUGAUAUUCAGCUGAACCCCAAACCCUUUGUGGAAGAUUUGGCCAAACACCCAAACUGAAUUCUAAUUUGCAUAUGCAAAUAAGGCCACACAAGGGUUAAAGAGAACCGCACACACAGGGGGCUUGAUGAACAAUUUUCAGCUUCCGUGUUUAUGUGAGAAGUAUUCACGCAAUUUUAAGGUUUGGCCAGGCACAUAGAUUCGCCCAAAAAAGGCUGAAUCCUGAAUCCGAAUCCUGGAUUCAGUGCGUCCCUAAUACCAACACCAAAUAAUAUUUCCUGCCUUCCUGUACCUUUUGGGCCAGCUUUGUAUAUAUUUUUGUAUUUUAAUUUUUUUGACCAUUUAUUUUUCCUUUGAUCAUGCCAUAUGCAGGUAAUCCAGAUAUUGGAUAGCAAUAUAGUGACCCCAAUAUGUAGAGCCUGUGCUUUUUGUAAUUCGUACUCUUAAUCAGACUGACUUCAUAAA